AUAACAUACCAUCAACAAGUGCCAAUCUUUACUUUAUAACCCAUUAUCAUUCGUUCAAGUCUCAGCUACUUAUUAUUAUUUUUAUUCAACAAAAUGAAGUAUACUGCUGCCCUCAUCGCUCUGGCUGCCACUGCCAUCGCCGUUCCCACCCCCGGUGGUGGAGGAGGUCAAGGUGGUAAAGGUACCACUGGUGGAGGCGGCGGUGGUGGAGGUACUUGUAACACCAACCAGAACGCCGUUUGCUGCAAUGGUUUCCUAGGAGGCAUAGUCUGCAAUGUUGGUAUUCUCGGGACAGGCUGCAACAGCGGUUCUUACUGCUGUGACUCGAGUGCGGACCAGGGUGGUCUUAUCAACCUGAACCUUCUCAACUGUGUUUCCCUUUAAUCAAAAUUUGCCUGGCAAACAAGUACUGUUGGACUGUGACAGGAUUAGGACUUUAUCUUGCUCUAUUUGUUCAGCUCAACAUAUUAUUCUGUGGAUGUUGUCUUGGUGAUAUUCUUAGCUAGUAACGGGCUGUAAUUACAGCUACUGAUACCAAAUAUCAUCAAAUAAAAAG